CGAGGAAGGACUCCGCCAAGAGCUGGAAGGGGAAGUUCAUCUUUGUUUCUCUUUCCUCGGGCUCCCCCUUUCGCGAGGAACCCCUCAGCUCCUUUCGUCGUCGUUCUGCGUUCAUCACCUCGGACAAGAUGCUCAAGGAUGUAGAGACGCUCUGCCGAGGGGGGCCCUUCGAAGUCGGCUCGACAGUGACGAACGAGGCGUUAGCAGCGCUCGGCUUCGUCUUCCUAUCCCCGGAAGAUAAUCAACGGAGCAUCGAAGAAGGCCCCUCAGGUGAAAUCAUGCUUUCCAACGCCGAGCGGGUGAAGCUCAUGUUCACGGAUGCUCCGAGCGGCAACUCCCAGGCUCCCACUUCGGGCGGCCGUCCUCCAACACCACCCGUGAAGCCGACCUCCGAGCCGGCCCAGAAGAAGAAGAGGAAGGAGACGCCCUCGGUCGAGGACGCUCCCCAGGGGUCCAAGUCCCCCAUGAUGAAGGAUUUCGGCCAUCCCAAGUAUGUCAAGGCGGCCUUCCCUGCUCGGGUCUCCUUUCUGGACCGGGAUUACGACCCGGAGACCUUCCUGCGCAGUUUCACUCCUCCCACCGAUCGCGCCAAGAUAAAGGAUAUCGACCGGGAGACCCUGGCCUCGGAUACUUUCCACGAGCUGGACUCGGCGAUGAUGCGCAUGGUCGACAUGAGUGAGCGGCUGCGCGUCAGUGAGGAUGACCGGAGCAGGGCUUAUGUUGAGAUAGACGACCUCAAUGAGGCGUUGAAGGCGGCCAAGGAGCAAGCUCGCCAGGCCGAGGAGCGGGCUCAGCAGCUCGUGGAGGAGGCUGCUCGCCAGGCGCGCCAGGAGGCCCGCGAGCAGGCCGUGGUCGAGUUCAUAUCCUCGGGGGCGUUCCAAGAUGAGGCCUUCGCCCACAUGAAUGACCUGCUCAAGGCAUGGGGGCAGACUGACGAGGGGAAGGACUUCGCUCGCUCCGAAGGGACAUCUUGUCUCGCCAUGCCGCGCUCGGCUCCCACUCCCCCCGAUUCCAGCGAGACGCGAGGAGAGACAUUCUCCUUUGGCAUCUACUCCCUCGGGGGCUCUUCUGCCAUCCCAACCAAGUCGGGUCCUAGCUCGACCCCGCCGCCCUCACCGCGGGACUCUUGGGAUUCAGAGUUUGAGUUCGAGUCGGUGCACCCCAAUCCCUUUGUCAAGAUUCUGGGGUUCAUUUAUUACUCAUCGGAUGACGACGAGAAGACCCCAUCUCCACCUGUUCCGCCGGCCCGGCGUGAGGUUUCCGCUCCCCCGGUCCCUGCCGGCCGCAGGGGCCGAGGUCGCCGUCCCCGAGCUCCUCCCACAGCAGCUCCGAGCGAGAGCUCCGUAGCGUCCCACCAUCCGAGUUGAUGUUCCCUCGAAGACCCAGGCUCGCCCAUCUAUGCUGAGUCCACCAGGUACUCCGUCGUCAGCAGGGCUCCUUCUCCACCUUCCUACCCCCCACCUUGCCCGUGCGAGCGGGGGUGGAACUGUGGCAUGCACUAAAGUCUACUCGUAUCUUAGUUGUUGUACGGUGCUUAAUUAUUGUAAGGCGUUUGUGUCAUGUACUUGCUCGUUUUCUGGGAUAAAUAAAGUUUGGAAUUGAUU